UAUUCUGUGUUAUACAGCAUCUUCAGUGCUCCCUUGUGAGGAAGCCAGAGGUUGCUCCAAAGCCUGGGCAGAAGAACAUCUGUGCAGUGUCUUUUUCCAGGCAUUGCCACUGGGGGGGAGGGAAAGGUACAGUCACCUGGAGCAUUAUUGCCCCUUCCUUGGAUUUAAGAAACUACAGAUGAAAUGGACUGGCUUCCUUACAGAGCAGCUGCUGUGCUGUUUAUUUUAAUGGUGUCCCUGGAUUUCAGCAUUGGUACUUUUCAUGUUGAGGUAAAAGAAUGGAACGAAAAAGGAAUGGAGAGAUGGAAAACCCAUCGGAGGCAGAAACGAGAAUGGAUUAAAUUUGCUGCUGCCUGUAGGGAAGGAGAAGAUAAUUCAAAAAGAAACCCAAUUGCAAGAAUCCGAUCAGACUGUGAAAACACGCAGCCAAUUAUAUAUAAAAUAAGUGGAGUAGGCAUUGAUCAACAUCCUGUGGGAGUAUUUGUCAUCAACCAGAAGACUGGUGAAAUUAAUAUAACAAAAAUAGUAGAUCGAGAGGAGACUCCAAUGUUUGUGAUUCACUGUCAUGCUAUAAAUGUUAUGACUGGAAAAUCAGUAGAAACACCUCUUGAUCUUCGUGUUCGCGUUCUGGAUAUAAAUGACAAUCCACCAAUGUUUACACAACACAUGUUCUCAGGGUCAAUAAUAGAAAGCAGCAUGGAGAGUACAUUUGUAAUGAAAAUAACUGCUACAGAUGCUGAUGAGCCAAAUAAUUUAAAUUCCAAAAUUGCCUACAAGAUUGAAAGCCAGACUCCUUCAGGCCCAUUACUGUUUAUCUUGAACACAGAGAAUGGAGAACUUCACAUAGCAAAAGCUCUUGACAGAGAGGAACAAAGUCAAUAUACUCUUGUUGUCAAAGCCUCAGAUAGAAAUGGAGGGCCAGAUGGAAUAUCAUCAGAAUGUUUGUGUCAGGUUAAAGUUCAGGAUGUGAAUGAUAAUUUUCCUACUCUUUCACAGAGCUCGUUUUCAGUAUCAAUUCUAGAAAAUUCUCUGAGUCGGGAGCUGCUGAGGAUACAGGUAUUUGAUGCAGAUCAAGAAUUUACAGAUAACUGGUUUGCAGAAUUUUUCUUUAUCUCUGGAAAUGAAAACCACAACUUUGAGAUCACAAUAGACAGAACGACUAAUGAAGGUAUCAUGAGUGUUGUAAAGGAAUUUGAUUAUGAACAAUUUUCAACCAUAAACAUUAAUAUUGGUGUGCGAAAUAUCGCCCCUUUCCACUCUUCAGUGGCUUCUCUUUAUCAACCUAUUGGAACCCCAAUUGUGGUACAGAUAACUAAUGUAAUUGAAGGACCAGCUUUUCGUCCAUCUACACUGACCAUCACUGCAUCUGAGAGCUUAACAAGUGAAACUAUACUCACUUACACGGUUGGGACAUUCCAAGCCAUUGAUCAGGAUACUGGAAAAGUUGCCACAAAUAUUCGGUAUGAGAUAGGCCGUGAUCCUGCUGCCUGGUUUCAAAUCAAUCCUCAAACAGCUGUGAUCACCUUUAAGAAAACUAUUGAUCGAGAAUCAAUUUAUGUAGUCAAAGGAGUAUACACAGCAGAGGUGCUUGCUAUUACCAGAGACAGCCCUUACACAACAGCCACUGGCACUAUUAUGCUUACUAUUCAAGAUGUCAAUGAUAAUUGUCCCAUUGUGACUGAGGAGAUCAGGAGAGUGUGUAUGGACAAUCCAAACGUGGUGAUCACAGCUAAAGAUCCAGAUGAUUCUCCAUAUGGACCACCCUUUAAAUUUAGUAUUGUCACUCAGCCUCAAGACAGCUCAUGGGAUAUAAAACCAAUAAAUGUUACUUCAGCAGCUCUGUUCACUAACAACAUAGAGUUCAUAAUUUAUGAGGUCCAAGUCAAAGUGAUCGACAACAGUGGCAAAAGCUGCCAAAGGCCACUGGUAAUUCCUCUGCAGGCCUGUCACUGUGAUCAAAAUGGAAUGUGUGUCAAAAUGGCUACCAAGAGAGUCAAAAUUAUAAUUAUUGGUGGUGGUGGAGCCGGUGGAGGAGCGGGUGGCGGAGGAGCAGGUGGUGGUGGAGCAGGUGGUGGAGGAGCAGGUGGAGGAGGAGCAGGUGGAGGAGGAGCAGGUGGUGGAGGAGCAGGUGGAGGAGGAGCAGGUGGAGGAGGAGCAGGUGGUGGAGGAGCAGGUGGUGGAGGAGCAGGUGGAGGAGGAAUAGGUGGCACUGACUGGGGAACAGGUGGCACUGACUGGGGAACAGGUGGAGGUAGUACUGGAGGUGGUGGUGGUACAGGUGGCAUUGAUGACACACAUGGGCAUGGUGGCACUAGUGGGCAUGCUAUUGACGUAGGAGGAGCAAGGCAAAAUGGUGGAGAAACCUCUCUUAGUGCUGCUGCCAUUGGCCUGAUGUUUCUUGGAGGAUUAAUAUUUGUGUUGGUACCAAUUCUGAUGUCACAGAGUGAUUGUUUGGGUUAUCUGGGAUCCAGACAGGCUGGUGGAGUGGGAGCUGGAUUUGAGCCUGUGCCUGAAUGCACAGAAGGAGCUAUCCAUUCCUGGGGAAUUGAAGGAGCACAGCCUGAAGACCGGGAUGUGUCAAAUAUCUGUGCACCAGUAACUGCUGCAACUAAAGGGGAGUUUGCAGAUUCUUCAGAUAUCUACACAACUAAAUAUGGUGAUGGAAGAAUGGUGAGUUCAAGAGUUGAAGAAACAACAGGACUUGGAGCAGCAAAAGGCUAUGGAACUACACUUGGUUAUGGGACAACCACUGGCUAUGGGACAAUGGGACGGAAAGAUACAUUUGGAGGAAUAAAAGAGUACCGAGAAAGUGGUGUGAAUAUGGCUUUCCUAGACAGCUACUUCUCUGAGAAAGCAUUUGCCUACGCUGAUGAAGAUGAAGGCAGACCUGCAAAUGAUUGUCUCCUAAUAUAUGAUCAUGAGGGCAUAGGCACUCCUGCUGGUUCCAUUGGCUGUUGCAGUUUUAUUGGGGAUGAUCUGGACGAUUCCUAUUUGGAUACACUGGGUCCUAAGUUUAAGACCUUGGCAGAGAUCUGCUUGGGAAGAGAGAUUGAGCCCUUCCCAGAUCCCAGUAUGCCUCUGCCCAAUCCUGAUAUUGAGGUAAAUCUGCCACCACCUGGAAGCACAAUUGUUGUUAACACAUCUUCAUCUAUGCCUCAACCUACUGCUGUUGGUGGUACCACCGUUGUUAGAGAAAAUACUUACACAACCACUUCCAAUGUACAACCUCCAAGGCCAAUACCUGAUCCUAUGCUCCAUGGUAACGUAGUUGUAACAGAAACAUAUACUUCAGGCUCAACAAAGAAACCCCCCACAUUUAAUGUUGAUUCUCUGAGUGGAUCAAAUGUUGUGGUCAGAGAAAGAAUGCUGGCUUCUGCCCCAGUCACCGAUAUCCAUGGCAUGAUAGAUAUUCCUGACCUACCAGGUGGUUCAAAUGUUGUGGUCACAGAAAGAGUAAUUGCUCCUAAUUCAAGGUUACCAGCUUCUUUGAGCAUUCCCAAUCUGACCGAAGGGUCAAAUGUAGUUGUGACCGAAAGAGUAAUUCGACCUGCUGCUAGCGUACAUGGCAACAUGACCCUCCCUUCUGAUAUAUCAAAUGCCCAUAAUGUGGUUGUAACUGAAAGAGUUGUGUCUGGAACAGGAGCAAGUGGUGGCCCUGGAAAUCUAAGUGGUGGUCCUAAUCCAUUGUUGGCUUCUGAUAAUCUUCUUAGUCAAACAAUUGGAACAGCUUCUCCUGGUACAACUCGAAGAAGGGUAACAAAAUACAGCACUAUACAGUAUUCUAAUUAAUAAAGAUCACUUGUGACUAGAUGUUUCCCCUACCCCUUUUUGUUUUUUAGAUUUGCUGCUAAAUAAUGUUUUUAUUAUUUAUAGGUAGCAAAUCAAAAAAAUCAGAGAAAAAUUAUUCUUGUCUGAAACAGAAUCUCCUAACGUUAUUUAGUCAUAAGCCAAAAUAUAGGAGCACUGCCAAUUUAAGAAAAUGCUGAUAUAUUGCCUUUGGAAACAUGAUAGUUUACAUAAUGGAGGAAUCACUAACAGGGCCUUUUGUAAGUGACCAACUUUUUUACAAUAAAAAGGAGGACACAAAUAAAUUGAAGAAAAAAAUAUCGUAAAAGCUGGCCCGGCCCAUGGAAGGUCAACUGCCCGCCAUCGACACACCCUGCCUGCAGCCACCCUGCCAGCACCACUGCCCAUCCUGCGCAGCCCCGUGUAGAGCCAGUCCCGUGACUCCCAAAGUACCAGACGCACCAGCUCCAGCUCCGGGGGGCAGCCCACCGUCGACACACCCCGCCUGCAGGCACCCCAUCACCACCACCCACCCUGCGCAGCCCCAUGUAGAGAGGGCCCCGUGGCUCCCACAGCAUGGGGGGCAGCCAGCUCCUGCCGCCCCUCACACCCCCACUCACAGCACCCCCGCUGUCCCUGUCUCUUGUGCCUGCAACCAUUAUUGUCCUAGCAGAGCCGAAGUUCAAGAGAAACUUACCGCUCCAGUGUCCUCCAGGUAUCUUCGAAACUAACUAGGAGAUGGUGUAGUUGGGUAGCAGGAAGGGGUAAAGUUCCUGCCAAUUCACUUUCGCUGCAGACAACUUGCAUGUG